AUGGCAUCGGUUGUGUCUCGAGUUGUCAAAACUGUUCGGAACCAUUGGAAAAAAUCAGUUUUUGGAUGUGUGGCAGUUGCAUAUGGUACUCAGUAUGCAACAAACUUGUACAAGACAGAAACUUUACGAAGAGAAUAUUGUCAAGAAGCAUUAAAAUAUGGUAUGAAGUCAAUUCAGCUUACUCAACGACCCCGCAAAGUAAUGGUUUUCCUUAACCCUGCAGUCAGCCGGGGGAAAGGUGUAAAACUGUUUGAAAAAAAUGCAGCUCCUAUUCUCAACCUGGCUGGUAUCCAGAUUGAUGUUGUUAAGUUGGAAUACGAAGGUCAAGCAAAACAAUUGCUGACUGUUUUGGAGAAAGAUGAAACCGAUGCUAUUAUUGUGGCUGGUGGUGAUGGAACCCUGCUUGAGACAGUGACUGGUAUAAUGCGAAAGAAAGACAAGGCUUUUUGUCAAAAUAUCACUUUAGGGGUUCUACCCUUAGGACGAACAAACCGCUUUGCAAGAAGGCUUUUUGGUGAAGAUCCAAAUCAAGUGAGAUUCAUUAUGGAUGCUGCUAUGGCUGUUGUUGAAGCAACAGUUAAACCUGUUGAUGUCCUUGAAAUCAAAGCAGAAGAUGGUAAAGAUACUUAUGCAUUGUCAGGUUUGCAACUUGGUGUUUAUAAUGAUGCUGAAGAACGAAAAUCAAAGUAUUGGUAUUUUGGACCUCUGAAGUCACGUUGGACCUAUCUUCGCACUGGAAUGAACAAAUGGCCACCUGAUGUGAAACUAGAUAUGGAGUACAUUCCAGCUAUGGUGCCCCUCAGAAUAAAGAGAGUCCUCACUGAAGAAAAGGUGAAGGAAAUUGAGCAAAGAAAUAAGUGGUCAUUAUUUAGCUUCUUUUACAAAUCAAGAAUUCCUCCCAAAGAUGAAGAUUAUGAAGAAGUUUAUCAAAUAACUGAAGAAGAUUGGGUGAAACGAGAAUUGUCUACUGUUGAGCUGACUGUAAUGUCCAGCAAUUAUUAUGAAGGUGUAAGUCCCAACAAAUCCUUGCAAAUUGGAAUCGGUCCAACAUCUCCUAGCAAAACUGAAGUUAUUGAAGAAGGGUGGCGUCGAAUCAAGUCAAAGAGUUUGCUGUUUGGAACGGAACAAAACGAACAUUUAAAGGCACAUAAAAUACGAUUAAAACCUGAGAAAAAAGAGGGCCAGCAAAUGUGGUUUAAUGUUGACGGAGAAGCAUUUGAAUCCUGUCCAGUUGAAAUGACCCUCUUAAAGAACAAAUUGAAAAUGUUUUGGAGGCAGAAUCCAUCAUACACGACACCACUGACAGUAGGGACCAAUGCUAGUUGA